GUAGCGGGUUUAAAGGGGCUGGUUGUAGAAUUCGACUGGCGCCUGUACGGGUUGUCUCCGGACAACUUCUGGGCCGGAGGUGGGCCGCUAGCGAACAGCUCAGAGGCUGAGCCUGGUGUCUGCUGUCUGUUUCCCUCUCUACUGCUAGGUGGUCCACGACCCCACGGCUGUUGGCUGCUAUCGGCGUUGAGGUCCACGGUCUCGUACAUGGCUCCAGUGGACUGCGACGUGAGCGGGAUUUCCUCAAAUCCGCUGGGAGGCUGAGGUGGUUGGUAGUAGAACGGACCGCCGGGCGCCGCGCGUUGAUACGAUCCACGGUUGCCAGCAUGAUAGGAGCCCCCAGACGACUGUGGAGGCGCCGGGAUGGGCGGCCGCGCCGCUCGGGGGCCCUGGGACCCGCCCGAGUCGACGAAGUGCUGCAGCAGCCGGUUCAUGUCGAGGAAUUCGAAUGGGGCAGCCGAAAAUGGUGUACCGUACCCUUUUUGAAAAUGCAAAAUGGGUACGCGAAGUCGAACUCUCAAGUACUUGCCCGGCCACGAGCUGCGCUUCGGCAUUGCGGCAGUGUCGCGAGAUCCAGCGACCGGAGACGUGGACGAAGCUGUUUGUCUGUUCUGUAAGCACUUUGGGCGGGAGCAACGCGCUGACAAGAAACGCAAGAGCGCGAGUACCGUGAAAUACUUCCGAGACUCCUUUCGGCCAGACCAAUAUACACAGCACCAUCAGCUACAGCACCCGACUCAAUGGACGAAGUACAAAGGGGCUAGUAGCGACGAAAAGCGCAGGUUCUUCCCUCAGACCAAAGCAGGAGAAAGUACUCUUACUACCGCAAAUAGUAGUACUACUACCAACGUGCUGAUACCCAAUGUACAGGAGCGAGGGCGCUGCUUCGACGUCAAGGCGGCCAUUGUGGAGGUUGUGGCGGUGUUAGCAGUGGGUUUGGGACCUAUAGAACCCACAGUACAAACGAGAGAUCGACUGGUGUAUCAAUAUAUGACCCACCAUAACUAUGAAGGAGAGCUGCCGUCCAACUGUCCACGAUGGUCUCCACCCGCCGAUACGUUCGAGAGCUGCUAUGUGGUGCAAAGGGAUCCGCCAGUGUAUCGUGUUGUAUUAUACUCUAAAACCCAAUUGGAUGUUUUAAUGGAGAUGGCGGCGGGAGGGUUAUCAGGAGCUCAAAUAUCGGCUUCGGUGAAGACUUUUCGCCAUCAUGCACCCAUGUUGUUAAGGGAUUUAGUGGAGAAUACUAACAAGAGCGGACCCAUGUCAAAGAAAAAUGUAGCCAUGGCCGUGGAGAGAGAGGAAGAGAAGGUUAAAGAGAUAUUUCGAGUGGAAGAUGUGACUCCAGAGUACAGUGAAGCUCAGACGGCAGAGUUUGUCAGACUGGGCGUCGCCGCGAGUUUGAGUAUCAUUGCGAGAUUACUGGAAGACUCGUGGGUAUUCUCGUUAGAGCUCUGCACUGUGGCUCAGCAUCCGAUGUUCUCGUAUCUGGAUAUACGCGUUAGAUUUUACAGUCGGAUAGGAGGAUUACGAAGUGCCCAUUUGUUGGCGAUCCCCAAGUAUGUUGGCAAGUGUGACAUUAUGAUGUUCCAGACUCUGGAUCGUGUGCUUACUGCGUUACUGCCCGAUUGGAAGAAGAGAUUAUUGGGUAUUAUUACUACCGGAGAUAUCCCCUUUCCAGCGCGUAUAAGCGAAGUCAUUAAGCAUUUCCAGAACGAGACAAAAGGGUCGGCGCUGUACCGCACAUCAAACUGCAUCAGCCAACUUCAACACGCUCUACAGACAUUUUACGCAUCAAUUGACAGUGGGUUUUUCCUCCAGACGCUGAGAAAACUGAGUCAGUAUGUUCGUAAAGACCCUCGCGUUUUGUCGGAGAUGAAGAGACUGCCAGGAUACUGGGAACAAUUUGACUCUAAAGUGCAUUGUGCUUCUAGUACUCCUGUGGCAUUUGGACAAGAGAUCGAUAUGCUUGUGGCCCACAGUGGAUUUCUUCAAGAACACUUGAAAGAAUUCACGGCAACAACGUUGAGGAUUCCUGUAUCUUGGUGGUUGGAGCUCCAAGCCUUACAAUGGGUAACUGCUCGUGCCAAUGCCGUCUUCGGGGUGUUGCAGAAACAACAUGUGACCAUUUCUCAGCAAGCAACAGUUAUGGCCAGCUUGGCAGAAGAAUACAUCACUGGUUUCCACGCUCAGAUCCACGAGAACAGAAACUCAGUGUCUCAAACAACCUCCACCGAGUACAUUUCUCUAGACAAAAGGGUUAGUUUGUCUAAAACGAACUUGGUACAGUUCGUUGUGAGCUCCAGUGAACUUGCACGCGAAUUGUUGAAGCACGGAGGUAGUGAAACCAUCACAGCCACCGCCGAACACUUUGCUUCUGGUGUUGUGAAUAUGAUCGCGUCGCUGGUCGAACUCAGUGUCAGUCUAAAGCAACAAUCUGCUGCUUGCAACGUCGACACUCGUACCAAUCAAAGUACCGUCGUGGAGGAUGUACUGCCCCCAAUUAUGCCACACGAGUUGGCACAGCUUAGCUCGGACGAGUUUGAUGAGCUGCUGGAAGCACAUGAUGCAACAUCGCGGACUCUCGAUGAUAGUGAUGCUCAGGCUAUUCGAGAAGAGCAUGAAUUACUAUGCUGCACAUUUGCCAAGGACGAAACUCUUCGGAGGGCUUUAGAAAUGCAUACGCAAGGCACAUUUGACGCGGCUUGGAGUCUGAUGGAUGCCCGUUUUAAGUCUCUUGAAGCCUUUGCCGGUGGACUCGCGACGGUGUGUCCGUCAAAUGUUAUUCCAUUAAGCGACACAAAAGCUGAAGAUCUGGUGCUUUGUCCGAAAGAUAUGGAGGAAGCAAGAUUAUUACUCGCAGACUUUGAGCUGGAAAGCACUCUGCAUGCACAACAGUUCCUGCCACUCACGAAGCUACAGGAAGAAAUUUACGACCGUGUAAUCGCUGAAAGGCGAACUCGAAAGCGAUAUAAAGCAACGACAAACACAAGCUAG